AAAAAUCAAUAUUUAAAAGAAGCGGUCACCCGCAAACUUUGCCCGAGCAUGUCCUGCUGUAUUCGUGGCUGCUGGUCGCGCUACGGAAAGGACAAGGUGUCCUUCCAUCGGAUUCCCCAAAACAAUGAAGAACGUCGGAAGCGCUGGAUCGACAUCGUCAACCGCGGGGACCAGAUUAAUUACAAUUCGGCCAUGAUCUGCAGCCGGCACUUCGUGGGUGGUUGGCCGGCAAAGGUGCACGAUAAGGCUGCGAUCAACUGGGUUCCGACACUGUUUCUCGGUGGCUCGGACGACUCGAAAACUGCGGGCAGUACGGAAGCGGCAGCGAACGCACCCAUUCAAGAAAUCGACGGUGACUCUGCCGACAUCCACUGCUUGGUGCGAGGUUGCGGGAUGUCUAAGGACGAGAAUCCUUCGCUGCUAUUCUUCCCGAUUUCCCGGGACCAGGAAGAGCGCGCCAAAUGGUUGCGACAAAUCGGAAUACACAACGAUCCUUCCCUAAUGAAGACCGACAAAGUGUUGGCCGUGUGCGAGUUGCACUUCGAACUAUCCAAGGAUCUUCUCAAUUAUGACGAUGUCAUUUCAUUUGGCCGAACAGCGGUUUUGAAAGAACAAGUUAAACCAACACGCAACAUUCCCCUUUUGGUUGAACCCAAAACUGAAAUCCAAGAAAAUGACCACACAGAACCAGUGGACAAUCACUCAAUCAACACAGACGUUUCCUUUCUGCUACAAGAAAUGAACAGAAACAAAGAGGAAAAUAACUCCGACCUGCUCGACCAAUAUCCCCAGCACCUUCAAACGAACCCAAUAUUGGAAGAAUACGUUCAAGUCUGUCGAUCUUGCCUGAGUACGAAUAUUACGAAUUUGGUGUCAGCUUUUGAGGAUAACCUAAAUGAAAUAUUCUACCAAUUCACCUCGUUAACCAUCGACGAAAGUGCCGGAAUAUCAACGAUGAUCUGCUUGGACUGCAAACAGCGGCUUUUAGAGAUGCACUUUUUCCGCGAUAAUUGUAUAACCAGUACGCAGAUUUUAUUUCAUCGACAGCAGAAAGCCUACGGUAGCAGCACUGCCCAGCAGGCUGCAAUCGAAGAUGAUGAAGACGAUCUUCUAGUUCCGAUGCAUGAAAGUCACCAUAGUACAGACUAUACCGCAAACGGAAGCUCAUUUAAUGAGUCGUUACAAGCCGAUGAUCCAGAAGACCUACUAAUGCCACAGAAGGAAGAACUCACUACCGUCAACACUCCUACAACCAAUCGGAAUAAUACUCGACCAAAAGUAACUCCACCAAAAGCCCCAAAAGCUCCGCAACAACCUGUAAAAUCUAUGAAAAAGCGCUUCAAGUGCAAAAUAUGCCACAAGGAGUAUAACUCGAAGGGAGGAAUUGAGAUGCACAUGUCAUCUCACGAAGGCGACAAUCCGACUGAGUUCACGAUUGAAUGUGCACGAUGCCAUGUGCUGCGUCGACCUGGUGAUAAGCACAGCUGUCUGGUGGAAACGAUGUACUGUCACGUUUGCGGGGACAAAUUCCGCAGCUGGUCCUAUUUGAAGAUUCAUCUGGCUAAAACGCACCGAAUAAAAACGAAACGGCGCGAGCUGUUGCAGAAGCUGGCGGACGAUAAACAUGUCGGGGUCACCUCCAGAUUACUUAAGGCUCCUCCAAUCCGCACCGUUGUCGUACCGCAACCGCAAACAGUGCCCGACCCGGAUCCGGCGGAAGUAUCCAGCGAAAGUCAGGAAAGUACAAUCACUCCUACAAACAAAAUGCAGAGGUGUUCGUUCUGUUCGGCAAGGUUCAAGCAUUCCGCGAGCCUGGAGGUUCAUAUGCGGUCGCAUUCUGCCGUCCACCAAACGCAAUGCCACGAAUGCGGUGAAAAUUUUGCAACUUAUCGCAAGCUGGAAAAGCACUUCGAUAAGCAUCCAAACGAAAUACUGGGAGCUAUGUACAAAUGCGCUAUGUGUGGCAACAUCUACAGUCGAAGACAAACGCUACUGAUGCAUCGCCAGUACGUUCAUCAGGACCGGGAAGUGGUUCAGUGCGGAGGAUGCUCGAAACUGUACGCACACACGAGACAACUGGCGGACCACAAAUGUUUCCCUAAACGGCAAGAACCAACACCUGCUCCAGCUGUAGCUACCACCAGUACCAGUGAAAGUGCUAUCAAUGGUGAUUUUGUUAUCGUUCGUCCAGAAUCAAUUCUCAAGGGAGCGUAUACCGAUGUUAUCGAUGCAGACGAAGAUAGUUCCCCGCCCGUCGCCAUGCAGGAGGGUAACGCGGAUCCACUGCUUGGUUUGGGGAACGAAGAAGUAAUCGACUUAGGAUCGGACGAUGAAUCUAUCCCGGAGCCGGCUUCCUACAACUGUACCGUCUGCGAUAAAACGUUUGACAAAUCGGAUGUUCUUGACCGACACAUGAAACUACACCGUAUGAUGAAUGCUGCCAAGGCCAAUGAGAUUGGCCACAGAAAGUAGAGCGAACUAUAUAAUAGGGGGGCCAUGCUAAUUUCUGGGUGGUCUAACAUGAAGGAUAACUUUACUUUUGUCUGACAUAUUUAAGUUCCAAUCAUCGGUAUCGUUGCCUUUUAAAUUGU